UGCUUGAAACCAAGUCCGAAAACAGUCGCCAGUACGCGCGCGACACACACACAGCGAGCGAGAGAGAGCGAGCGAGAGGCGCCAUGGAUUUGCUCCCGGCGGAGACGUCGCAGCUCGGGCGGAAGCACGGCUUCCGGUCGCUGAAGCUGGCGGCCGUCGACAUGGGCGACGCGCUCGGGGACGAGCCCUUCGGCACCGAGCACGGCCGGCUCGACAACGGCCUCGCUUACUACGUCCGCCGCAAUUCCAAGCCCAGGAUGAGAGCCGCCCUCGCUCUCGUCGUUCAAGUUGGCUCAGUCUUGGAAGAGGAUGAUGAGCUCGGAGUUGCUCACAUAAUUGAGCACCUUGCUUUCAGUGCCACUAACAGAUAUACCAAUCAUGAUAUCGUGAAAUUCCUAGAGAGUAUCGGAGCAGAAUUCGGUGCUUGUCAAAAUGCUGUAACAUCUGCUGAUCAGACCAUAUAUGAGUUGUUUGUUCCUGUUGACAAGCCUGAGCUGCUGUCUCAGGCUAUCUCUAUAUUGGCAGAGUUCAGCUCUGAGGUUCGAGUCUCAAAAGAUGAUCUGGAAAAAGAACGAGGAGCCGUCUUAGAAGAAUACAGAAGUAACAGGAAUGCAACUGGAAGAAUGCAGGAUGCUCAUUGGCUUUUGUUGAUGGAAGGUUCAAAGUAUGCAGAGCGCAUACCUAUUGGAACAGAAGCGGUGAUUCGAACCGUCUCUGCUGGGACUGUGAAGCAGUUUUAUCAGAAAUGGUACCAGUUAUGUCAUAUGGCAGUUGUAGCUGUUGGAGACUUUCCUGAUACUCAGAGUGUAGUUGAUAUGAUAAAGACUCAUUUUAGGCAGAAAGGUGCAGUGCUUGACCACCAACCCAUUCCUACCUAUUCAGUUCCAUCUCAUGACAGACCACGAUUUUCAUAUUUUGUUGAAAGUGAAGCUGCUGGGAGUGUGGUAAUGAUCAGCUACAAAAUGCCAGUUGAUGAUUUAAAAACCGUGAAGGAUUACAAGGACUUGCUCACAGAAUCUGUGUUUCUUCAUGCCCUAAACCAAAGAUUCUUCAAGCAAUCUCGGAAGAAAGAUCUGCCCUAUUUCUCAUGUUCAGCUGGUUCAGAUGUCUUAGUUCGUCCACUAAAGGCCUAUAUGAUAACAGCAUUGUGCAAAGAAGGAGGGACCAUAGGGGCUCUAGAAUCAAUGCUCAUGGAGGUGGCGAGGGUGAGAAUCCAUGGUUUUUCAGAACGCGAAAUCUCUAUUGUUCGAGCUUUGCUAUUGUCGGAGAUCGAAUCCGCUUAUCUGGAGCGUGAUCAAACGCAAUCAACCAGCUUGCGAGAUGAAUUGAUCCAACAUUUUUUGCGUGGUGAGCCUGUAAUUGGUAUUGAGUAUGAGGCACAACUCCAGAAAACUAUCUUACCCUAUAUUUCAUCAUUAGACGUAUCAAAAUAUGCGGAGAAGCUGCUUACCUCGAGCAGUUGUGUCAUUAAGGCCGUUGAGCCUCAAGUAUUUGCAAAGGUGGACGAUCUUAGGAGUGUCGUAUUGAAGGUCAACUCUCUAGAGGAGGCAAAACAAAUUCCACCAUGGGAUGAAGAACAUAUUCCAGAAGAGAUAGUCCCCGUGAAGCCAAAUCCGGGCUAUAGUGCCCAGCAGCUUGAAUACUCAAACAUCGGAGCCACUGAAUUGAUCCUAUCCAAUGGGAUGAGAGUAUGUUAUAAAUGUACUGACUUCCUUGAUGACCAGGUCCUGUUUACUGGUUUUUCAUAUGGGGGUCUAUCUGAAGUACCGGAGAAUGAAUACUUUUCAUGCUCUAUGGGAUCAACGAUUGCUGGGGAAAUUGGUGUAUAUGGCUAUAGACCUUCUGUACUAAUGGAUAUGCUUGCUGGUAAGAGAGCUGAAGUUGGUACAAAGAUUGGAGCUUAUAUGAGGUCUUUUUCUGGGGAUUGCUCUCCAUUGGACCUGGAAACUGCUCUGCAGCUUGUUUAUCAACUAUUUGCUACCGUUGUGGAACCGGGAGAAGAGGAUGUCAAAAUUGUCAUGCAAAUGGCUGAAGCAGCAGUUCGUGCUCAAGAGAGGGAUCCUUAUACUGCCUUUGUAAACCGUGUGAGAGAGCUCAAUUAUGGAAACUCGUACUUUUUCAGGCCCAUAAAGAUAAGUGACCUCAAAAGAGUAGACCCAAGGAGAGCCUGUGAAUACUUCAGUUGCUGUUUUAAGGAUCCAUCAACCUUUACAGUUGUGAUUGUUGGCAGUAUAAGUCCUAUAAUUGCUGUCCCUCUGAUCUUGCAAUAUCUGGGUGGAAUUCCAAGGCCUCCUGAGCCAAUAUUAAGAUAUAGCCGUGAUGACCUCAAGGGCUUGCCAGUCACUUCUCCUACGAAGAGUGUCAGGGAAGUUGUUAGGAGUCCCAUGGUGCAAGCUCAGUGUUCUGUGCAGAUCUGCUUUCCUGUGGAAUUGAAAAAUGGAACAAUGGUGGAGGAGAUUCACUCUAUCGGAUUUUUGAGCAAACUUCUUGAAACAAAGCUAAUGCAGGUUCUUCGUUUCAAGCAUGGGCAGAUCUAUUCCACUGGGGUUUCAGUAUUUCUUGGCAGUAAUAGACCUUCAAGGACUGGCGAUGUACGUGGCGACAUUAGCAUUGAUUUUUCUUGUGAUCCAGAAAUCUCCUUGAAGCUGGUUGAUCUCACUUUGGACGAAAUACAACGUCUUCAAGAGGAAGGCCCAUCAGAAGAGGAUGUUUUGACAAUUCUGGAGAUAGAACAAAGAGCUCAUGAAGAUGGAGUGCAGGAGAACUAUUACUGGCUGGACAAAAUUUUGCGCAGCUACCAAUCAAGAGUUUAUUCCGGAGAUGUGGGCACUUCGUUUAAGGUUCAAGAUGAAGGACGCUCAAAAGUUAGAGCAUCUCUUACACCAUCCACAGCCCAGUCGGCUUUACAAAGAAUACUACCUUUUCCUUGUAAGAAGCAGCACACAGUGGUGAUUUUGCUGCCGCAAAGGUCUCGCCUCGCAAUGUUAAAAUCACUAUUCGGGUUCUCUCAGACCAUAUACAGAAGAGAUGCAAAGAUUUUAGCAGGUGUCGCUGCUAUGGCAGUCUUGGCUCUGAGUUUGUGGAGAUACUCGCGCCGCUCUGUGAAAUCGUAGGAGAUUUUUUUCAAGUUAAAAGUCGCAUAGGACUUGGCUCAUUCAGUAAGGUACAGCUCAUAAUACUUCGAGAUGUCAAACUUUACUAGUGUAGAAACACUAGUUGAUAGAAAGAAAAGGUAAAUCUCGGGCGCUUUAAAGUUACUUUCGAGCCUGCCUUCUUCAUCUGAUCGGCCCCUGUUUUAUGAACUCAGAAUCAUUAAACAACAUGUCUACCGUUUCUGAACAAGACAACUGAAGAAUUCUACUGAAAAAUCACUAAGAUUUCCGAAUUA